AGUGUGCGUCGCUUGUGACUUGCGAAAUGGAGCUAGGAGCAGGUUCGAGCGACGAGUCAAUGUUUUUAAGGAUUUUGCUCUCGCAUAAAGAAGGAACGUCGACGGACAGAACAACAUCGUAAACAGUCUAUGUCAUUCUACCACAACAGCCAAGUUUCGCCUCAUGAAAUGCUGCACUUGAUAGGAUGAACAGCAAUCAGGACGAUGAGUUUGUUGCAGUGCGGGUCCAAGAUCCCCGCAUUCAGAACGAAGGCUUAUGGAAUUCAUAUGUGGAUUAUAAAAUCUUCCUACAUACCAACAGUAAAGCCUUCACAGCCAAGACGUCCUGUGUGCGUCGACGCUACAGUGAGUUUGUCUGGCUCAAGAAGAAGAUGCAGAAGAAUGCUGGUUUGGUGCCGGUCCCGAACCUUCCAGGAAAGUCCCUUUUCUCCUUUAGCAAUGAGGACUUCUUGGAGAGCAGACGGAAAGGACUUCAGGCUUUUUUGGACAAAGUUUUGCACAUGACCGUAUGUCUGUCAGACAGUCAACUCCACCUCUUCCUGCAAACUCAGCUGCCGGUCGGUCACAUCCAGGACUGUGUUCAGGGUCACACCCCCUACUCUGUGACCGAUGCCAUUCUAACUUACGCCUCAUCCAAUUGGGGCUUAGCUCAAGCUCAGACUCCGGAGGACGAUUCCCUCAAGGAUCCAAGUCUGACCAUUUCUUACGAGUCCAUGGAGAGCCCGGCUCCUCAUCUGCCAUGCCUUCAAACUCAAGAGACUUUCAGCCCCAAGCUCCUCGCAUGUGAAGACUCUGACCCUCUUGCAGAUUUACUGGUGCUCUGUGAUAAAGGUACGACACAGGUACAGCACAAGAAGAAAUCCUCAGUAAAGAUCUCCCAGAAGAGCCACCAUAUGGAGGCGGUCGUUGAGUGGGACAGUGGCUCCACAGAGGCUACCUUCUUUCUAGGUGACAGCCCGGUUGAGCACCAGAGCUGCGACCUUGCAGAACACACCCAGCAGAGGAAUGGUCAGAUACAGACGCCAGUAGAGGUCCAUUCACCCAUGGGGGCUGGCUUUGCAGAGGACUGUGUGUUGGGAAGUGAGGAGGAAGAGUGUACAGAAAGUAGAGUGGAGGAAAUGGUUGUAUCAUGUGAUACAGAAGAUAUGCAGGUAAAUGCUGAUCAGUCAGACAAUCCUUUGCUGGCAAAUAUCAACGAGGUCACCAGUGAGCCAGAGACAUGUGAGACUUCUGUUGUGACUUUAGAUUUAAAAUACAAUGCCUCAGAGGAGGGGAGCUCUCAGGAGGAAGUUUUCAAAGGUGUCAGUUCAGAUGAGCAGAUUCUAGAAAACCACACAGUCUCUGAGGUCAACCACACUGAUAACACUAAAUGUCCUGCUGUAGAUCUCAGCUGUGCAGAGGACGUAAGGAAAUCAGACGGGCAAAUAGAGCCAAGCAACAAAGACAGCUGUGAAGUGGAUUUGAUUGGGUCCAAACACGAGCGUGACGAGGACAGCCAUUCACUGCCAUCUUCCAAUGAGAGCAUAGUCCAAGUCAGCGAUGAAGACAGCACUUGUGACGACACCGAGGAGUCGAUUCAGGCUCUGAACGGCAAUGUUUCUCAUCACAUUUUGGACCUACACGUGAAUGGAUGCCCUGUGGAAAAAGAGGACAUUUCUGCACAUGACGAUGAAGACCUACAAUAUAUGACAUCUCUGAACCUUAACUCCACCGAAGCUGGUGAAAGCUUGAGCGAAAGUGGUGACAUCAGCAUCUUGGAGACCAACUGCAUGCCUGGAGUCGCCGAGGAGGAGGAGGCUUGGUCCUCGCCGAUGUUGGACACCUCAGAGGAGACUCGCGAGGUGCAUAUGUGUUAGUUCAACGGCUGCAGCGACAUCAGCGGUCCAGGAGAACACACAGCCCUGUACGAAGGCUGCCGCAACCUCACCGGUCCAGAUUCUUCUGCCAAAGACGCAUUCAGUUACACAGACAUCAACAAGGGUCAUACUAGGAGUUGUCUUUCAGUUGCAAACACGAUUUGGUCUGUUAUUGUCCGACAAGGUCAGCAGCAUAUUCCACCCUGUUAUGAUGUUGUCAUCAUUUGUUUUUAAAAAAAUAGGAUUUAUCAAUUUUAAAAUGUAGGAUUUUAUUUCCACGCAGAUCCCAGUUUUCUCCUCGGCCUUGUGUUCUUUGGGAACAGCAGAGGAUAUCAGUGUUCACUUAAAGGUUCAGUGUGUAACGUAAAGGACGAUUAGUUGAAUAGAUGUUGGCUGAAGCAGACGCUUACGAUGCAAACGAAGAACAGAAUACACAAAAAAAAACAAGAGGAAACAGCAGAGAGGGUAAGACCUGACUCAUACUUUCCACAGACGAGGUCAGCUGUGGUCUGCGCAGUGUCACGGAACAUAUGGCGAGAGUUGCUCUUUACAUCCUUUUGGCCACACUAAGGUCACUGUAGUUCCCCGACACACUUGGUGAAGGGAAGGUUGAGGAUUUGUUGCAAUCUGCAGUCUCGCCACUAGACGUACACUACACCUUACACACUGGACCUUUAAGAAUUGUUAAAAGGAAUGGUUUUAUCAUAGAUGCUAUAUAUAUAUUUAUCUUUAGCUCUGACAUUUCUCCGAUAAUGAAGCGGACAUGAGCUAAAGAUUUAGUUCCCAUUUUUAUGUUAACUCUCACGUGCCCAUGUGUCAUAACGAUAAAGCAAGAUGCUAACUAUUUUGAUGCUUCCAGUUUCUUAGAUGUGACAAUGUGAUGCUUUCUUUCCAUUGUGACAUUAAACCUAAUAUCUCUGAGGAUGUCUGUCACUGUUGCAGAGGAGGACAUUACAUAACAAAAGGCACAUUUUACUCUUUCACAGUUUUACACCCAAAAUGAUGAAUGGAUUAAUAGAGGAAAAAUUUCAGUUCUCUGUCAUUUUUCUUGUUGUACUUUGAACAGUCCAAGUAAAAAACAUGGGGAAUUAAACAUUAAUCUUAAGUUUUGAGGCUUUGAAAGUCAAAAUAAUUUUAGUCACAACCUUAAGUUGCAGAUUUUUUGCAACAAAGAUUGUCACCUCAGUGUGAUAAAGCCUCACAUUAUAAUGACGUAAACCAGAAUAUACUUCUUCACAGAACAAAGUCAGUAGAUUUCCUCAGGGAUCGCUUCACGGAAAUCAUAAAUUUAACACUCAUGCCGACACCUGACUCAUGUUUUUAACAACAGACUUUAAAAAUUGGAGACGAAUUGUUUCUCUGAAAUGUUUUAAUAUAGACAGUGGAUCAAAGAACAAAAAGGAAGAAAAAAAAAACCAUAGCCCCCAUAAAGCACAAAUAACUAUUAUGUGGUUAUGUUUUCACGAUUAAAAUGUGUGUUUUUAUUGUGGCUGAAAUAUUAGCAAAUUUAAUUUCAACCAGAAACUGUCAACUUAAAAUAAUUCAGAACAAUAAUAACCCACACUUGUAUUUUCUCAGAACAACAGACAUUAACGGCUUUUCAGUCUUGUGGUAAUAAUCUUAGUCUUAUUGUGAUCGUACAAUUUCACCGUAUAGUUUUUGAUUCAGAAGAAAUGUAGGAAGCGUGGUUUAUUUAUUUCACAACACUAUGCUGACUCACUUCCAACUGGCUACAGCUGAAUUAUGACAAACAUAAUGUCUUAAAUAUAAAAUUAAGCUGACACUGACAAGGGAAACAUAAAAAUCCCCCUUUCGUGAAAGUUACAUAAACUUGCUGCAGUUUUUAACCUCGACAUAUUAUAGUUCCGACACACUACUUCCGUCACUACCACUGAUUCUAAUUUAUCGCAUUUAAAAAGGGACUCUGUUUACUGCUCCUUGUCACACAGAACUUCGCCUUUACACAUAUUUCAUAUUUUUAUGGUAAAAGCUGGAAAAUAUAUUUUGUUUGCGUUUCCAUUUAACAACUGACUGAAUAAUUUAAAGAAUCCUCAACUUUUGUCUGUAAAGGAUUUACAGUUUCUGAACAGUUCUGGUUUUUAUUUUCUGUCUACACUAUUGUGGAAUACUUGAUUUUUAUUUUUUAUUGUAUUUUUUUUUUUGCCAUUUUGAGUUGCUUCUUAAGAGACUCCAGCUGUAUCCAUGUAAAUAUACAAACUAUAAAUCUAUGUCAAAUUAUGA